AUUUGCUUACUAAUUUAAUCGCAUUAAGGGCUGUGAGCUUAAGUUUAAGGAAUACUUCUAAUAAAUCUGUUGCAAUACGAAUAGUGCCGACAGAUAAUUUUAUUUGGGUUGACUUCCCACAUAGAAGACCUGUCAAUUGUUAAGUUUUCCCGAUUGUUUUUUCACUUUUAACAUCGACUAACAUUAAUUAAGGCGUUAUACAACGCCCUAAGGUUAAAUUUAUUCAUUGGACUGGUAUAGAUUUUACCACCUACAUUGCUUGUUGUUACUCUUCAGUGAACAUUGAACAGUGAAACGGCGAACUGUAAUAAUUUUCGUUCCUUUCCUAUUGUAUUGUAUCAAAAUUAUCAGAAGUCAUUAUCAGUUAAAAAACAGUUAUCAAUUACUUAAAGGUUUACCAUUAUUAAACAGUCGAUUCGCGAGUCGCCGAAACAUCUUUAUUAUGGUUGCAGUGUGACAAAAAUGAUUUUAAGAUAAAUUCUGAAUAGUGUAGUGUUUGCUGUGUCAAAAGAUAAAUAAAAAUAGCAAUAUUUAUAAAAGUGUUGGGUCUGGAUUGGUGGUGUGUGCAGUGUAAUGGCGAAAUUGCAGUGCAGUGGUUGGAGGCUGUGACAUGGACUACGGCGCGGUGUGGCCCCGACUGACGGUGGGCUCUGGGAGUGAACGGGGGUGUUGGGCUUAGUGCCUGCACAUCAUAACAUAUAUUAUGAAUAAGCGUGAGGGUAACAAGGACAAGGAACGUCAGAGCGACGACAAAAGAACUUCCACCGCGACUGGAGCGGUGGGUGGGCGUGGCGUGGGCGGAAGCAGCGCGAUGCACACGUCGCGACAUUCCGUCACCUCGUCUUCGGGCGUCCUUAUGGUCGGGCCCAACUUCCGCGUCGGCAAAAAGAUCGGCUGCGGUAACUUUGGUGAACUCAGACUCGGGAAAAAUCUCUACAACAAUGAACAUGUAGCGAUUAAGAUGGAGCCUAUGAAAUCCAAGGCUCCUCAAUUACACCUGGAGUACCGAUUUUACAAACUGUUAGGAACGCACGCUCCGUCGACAGCGGAAGGCAUCCCAGAAGUUUACUACUUCGGGCCCUGCGGUAAAUACAAUGCAUUGGUCAUGGAACUGCUCGGGCCGUCGCUAGAGGAUCUAUUCGAUCUCUGCGGCCGUCGCUUCUCUUUAAAGACUGUAUUGAUGAUCGCCAUGCAGCUGUUACAUCGCAUCGAAUAUGUCCACACGAGACAUCUAAUAUAUCGGGAUGUGAAACCCGAAAAUUUUUUAAUAGGUAGAGCUACGAGUAAAAGGGAAAAAAUCAUUCACAUCAUUGAUUUCGGUUUGGCCAAAGAAUAUAUAGACUUAGAGACAAACAAACAUAUCCCAUACCGGGAGCACAAGUCACUUACGGGCACUGCGAGAUACAUGUCAAUAAAUACACAUUUAGGAAAAGAACAAUCUAGACGCGACGACCUAGAAGCUCUGGGGCAUAUGUUUAUGUAUUUUUUACGUGGUUCCUUACCCUGGCAGGGUUUAAAAGCUGAUACACUCAAAGAAAGAUACCAAAAAAUCGGUGAUACCAAACGAGCGACUCCAAUUGAGGUGCUGUGCGAGGGGCACCCGGAGGAGCUGGCCACGUACCUGCGCUACGUGCGGCGACUGGACUUCUUCGAGACGCCCGACUACGAUCAGCUGCGGCGGAUAUUCCGCGACCUGUUCGAGAGGCGCGGGUACGUCGACGACGGAGAGUUCGACUGGACCGGCAAGACAAUGCCCGCGAACAUGCACGUUAUGCGUAUAUUACGUAACGCACCACCUUCAAAUAUCGUUAGAAAUAAAUCCGAUAAGUCAACGCCAGUGGGCUCGAUCCAGACUGGACACGAAAUCGUCGUGUCGCCAAAUCGAGAUAGACAUCAGCCUUUCCACAAGGAUGAUUUGUGUGAUUAUAUGAUUGGUUUGGUUGAGGACGAUGAGGCGGCGCUUAUAUCCGGAGAGGGCGCGGUGAAGGACUCGGGCACCGGCGGCACGGCCAACACGGGCGGCAACUGGCCGCACAGCGGGAAGGCGACGCCGCUCACCGCGGGGCACCUCACGCCCGCCGACCGCCACGGCUCCGUGCAGCUAUUGAAGAAUAAGCAUUUUCGGUAUGUGAAAUUUCCCGGAUCGGUGUCCACGGUGGUGAGCUCCACGAACGGCGAGCUGGGCGCGGACGACCCGACGGCCGGCCACAGCAACACGCCCAUCACGCAGCACCACGAGGUGGACGUCGUCGACGACACCAAGUCAGUGUUUCAACUACAAUCCAUCUAUUCCAGAUGUUGCUGUUUCUUCAAACGCAAAAAGAAGAAGUGUGCGACGCGCGCGUACAAGUGACGCGUGUGCGCGUGACUGCAGGGUUGCCGACCGCCCCGCCACCACUACAUGUAUCAUAGAACGAAUUCACUUCAUGUAUUUAUAAUUGCUUUAUUUCUUAUUAUCGAUUCGCACCUCCGAUUGUUUCGAUUUGUAUCGUCCUACGAAAAUAGGAGAGAUUUAAAGUGCUAACUUAUGAUUUAAUUCCGAAACAAUGUUGGAUGUUUAAAUGUAUACUUAUAUAUGUAUCGAUGCAAUUGUAAAAUAUUCUAUUUACGAAUUGGAUUAUAUUUCGAAUAUUCGUGUUCGUAAGUUGGCAACCCUAACUAUAAAGCGUUCGCUCGACCCUUCGAUGUACACGCAUUUAUUUGUUUGUAUGAAUAAUUGCUAAUAAUCGAAGUUUAUUGAUUUAAAAAACGAUCAUACCUGUAAUUGCUUUAGACAGAGAAUAAUCUUAACAAUAAGAUAUUGUUAUUAAAUCCACAUAAUUCAUAGAACCGAAAAAGUUUUGCAUAUUGAAAUCCGAGUAAUAUAAAACUCCAUACAGUUUUCCUUACAAAUAUCUAAAAUUAUUUUAUUAGAUCCGUUAAUAGAUAUCAUGAAAUCUAGUAAUACCAAACGAAUAUAUUUAUUUUUAUUUCAUAUAUUAUGACAAUUAUAUAAUUAAAAUGCGCUUUGUAUUAUGUUAGCAAUAUUUCUCUUAAAUCCGCGGCUCCCUAGUUUAUUAACUUAAUUAUGAUGCGGUAACGUUACUUGAUUACUCAGUUUGUAUUUUAUAUAGAAAUCGGAGCACUUGAUAUAUGUAUGACAAAAUAUAUAAAUGAUUACUCUAUUUUUGAAAUAGUUUUUGAUUUCAAUUCAAUUCAGUUGGCCAGGCAGCUACAUUUAUAUUAUAUUUAAUAUAAGAAUCUUUCUGACAAACUUAUUAAAAAAAUAUAUAUUAUCUAUGGUCUAAAUGAGUGUCUCUUCCGUUUGAGUUUCAAGAGACAUGGACUUAAUAUAUUUUUAUUAAUAAGAUGGUCAGAGUUUAAAUAAAAUUACCUUCAUGACGUCCAACAUAAAUGUACAAUAACCACUAAUAAAUCAACUAUACAUAAAUAAUUGAUAAACAAAUUAUUUUUUAUUACGCAAUUUUUUUUCUCAGUUUAACAAUUGGUAUUAUUGCUUAGGAUAAAUAACUAUUUUCUAAAUUUCGAUAAAACUUUUUACCACUUGGUGAAUUAGACGGAAGUUAAAAUCUAAAUCGACAUAGUCAAUAAUCAUUUGUUAUUUAUUAUAUAAUCAAAAUUUUAUGUUUUGAAAUUGAAUUCGAAAUUUAAAUGUUGCAAUUCGUUAGUAUACUCUCAUUCGAAAUUCUCGUUACAGUUACUAUUCAAGGCUUAUACAACAGUAGUCGUCAACGGAUCGAUGAUCGAUACUGUCGAUCCAUAGACAGAAAACCAAAGACAAAACUAGACCUGCACGUGAUCGCUAAGCAGCGUUACAGAUAUAAAUAAAAAAUAUCUCAGUUUUGUUUUUGAUGAUUGAUUGAUACACAUUGCAUAUAUAAUUCCGUACAGGGACAGCUCCAUAUUGUACUUGAUGUAUUCGAGGUGCGGUUGGCUUUCAUGUUUGUGUUCCCGUCCGUAGCUAUUUACUUUCAUAUUAAACCUUACGAGUUCUAUUUAUUCGUCUCCCCGAGACACGAGAUUGUCUUUACCUCACUUCACACUCAUCGGAGUAUCAUUCCAGAUCGUAAUAUAUUGAACAAAUCGAACGCUACAUUGAUCAUUUAUCACGAACGGCCGUAGUUUUAACAUUAGAUGUAUCGCUUCCCUUUAAUUAGUGAUGCAGUGUUAUCACUGCGAGUUCAUUAUUAUAGUUUCUGUCGAGUGUAAUUAUACGAUUUUGUUACGUAAGUAAUGAUUUACCAUAGCGUAGAUGUCGUGACUGCUAAGUUAUGUGUUGUUGAAAUUGUCUGUCGGGCGAUGUGUUGACCACUUGACUUACGAAGCGGUUGUGAUAUGAUAUUAUUUCGAUGGCUGAUAUCUUAUUGUCAUUUAUAAAAGUAUAAUUUUUAAUAUCAAAGAUUUUGAUUAAUUUGCUGUAGCUCACGACGUAAUGCCUGCUGUAUUCAAUAAGACAUAGAACAUUUGUUUCAACACAUUGCCUGUACUUUUCAUAUUCUAGAUAUAAUUUUAUUUAGUCAUUGUUUAUUACUAAGUUCAGUUUGUGCGAGAAACAAUUAUUCAUAACAUAUUUAAUCGGCUCCGUUCCUAUAUUGACGCCACGUAAUUACCUACAUAUGUUAAUUUAUGCCUACACGAUAGUUUUAGUGAGUGAUAAUUUCAUUAUACAGUUUCAUGCAAUAAACGAGAGGGCGAUCUUAUUUCAAUUACUUUGUUUGUGGCAAGCGAUAAUGUCGAUCUAAGUAUGAUAUAUGAUUCGUUAUUUGACGUAUUUUUUUUAUAUAUAUAUAUAACGUGCAAUAAUUUAUGUAUUAAUUCAUUGCAAUAGUUUGAAAGUAUAAUUUGUUUCAAUCGGAGUCCCGAGUGAUGUCGCUGCGUUGCCCCACAAGACUGAUUGAAACGUCAUCUCAUGUAUUUAAACGUGCUCGGCUCGGCUCGUGUCAAUUUAUAUUGUAAUGUUUUUAUUUAAUGUUAAUAUAGCGAAGAGUACAUUAAACUAAACUUUAUCGGCUGCGGUCGGCUGCGACGGGGGAGGGGGCAUUCCAAUAUAUCAGAGUUUAUCGAAAUUCAGUCACUCCUCGAUACGACCGCAGCCACAUUUCAUGCUGUCUUGAACGAGAGAUACAUUUUAGGAUUUAGUAUCGAACUGUGAAUAGACUGAGUAAAUAAUAUCACCGGUCGCGCCUCCUGCACGAGAGUGGCACUCACCGCGCUCGCUACGUUGUACGUUGAUAGUGUAUAAAUUGUACAGCUUAGAAAAAAAAAAACACGUUUGUAUAUUUUUGCUUUGAUACAACGUGGCAAAGAUUCGUAUCGUGAAUUGCAUAGAAUAAGGUUUGCAGAUGUGAUUAUUGAGCGGCGUGGCGUCGUUGUAUACCGCAGUCGCGAGACUCGCUGCGUGCCGGGCGCGGUGGCGAUGUUUUAUAUGAUAAAGAAGGGAACGAAAUAGAAAAUUGACAUUGGUCAAAUAAGAUGAAUAACUUUGUAACAAGUUGAUAAAUAUAUUUUUAAAAUGUUAUUAAAGUCAAUGUUGUAACGAAAUGGUAUUUACUAUAUGUCGUCACGUGAUGUUAUAAUAUUAUCCCGGUCGGCAGCGAGUCUAGUGUGACGGUAUCCCGAUGUGGCCUAUUUGAUGUGAUACGGUGAGUCCGUUCGUUAUCAAUUUGUACGGCGAGAUAAGUAUUACCGAUCGCAUUGGCGUUUUUGUAAAGUAUUUUUUAUUAAUCACUGAUAUGUAGUCAUCACAAAAUUGUAUCCCCCCUAAUAGUCUUAUUGUUUUGGUUAAGUAAAAGUUGACAUGUUUUUUGAAUAAAUAAUAAUGAUAACAAAAAAAAAAAAACAUCUUGUUGUGUCGUUUUCAUAUUUUUAGAGAAAGUAUAGAGAAUGCAAUUAUCGUCGAUGUAUAAACUGAAAAUUUUAAAAAAUCUGAGUUUAUAUAUAAUAUUGUAAACAAAAUUAUUCCCCUCGUUGAAUAGAUCGUAAAUACUUAUUGUACACGUUGCAGUAUAACCGAAUGUAAUAAACGUAAGUCUUAAAAUUAUUAAUAGUUGUACCUAAUUGUUACUUUCUAUUUGCUAGAUAGAAUAAUCAAAUUAGAGUGAAUAUUGAAAGUCAAAGUCAAAUUGUGUGAUCUCUAAAUGCAAAAGAUUGUUCUGCGUGAGUGUGAGCGGCGAGAGGAAAGAGAUGGUUGAGGAUCGCGAACGACGAGUGGAGUUGAGCGACCGAAUUACCACGAACCUCUACAGCGCGGAUACCUGAUCGCAUUUCGGCUAGCUUCAUCUUAUCACAAACAACAUUUUAAGCACCAUUUGUUAUUAAUUUCAUACUUCAAAUAAUUUUUUGAUGUGAAUGGAAUAUACAUGGGUAUUUAUUGUAAAGAUUGCACCUGAUGUAGAGGUGCGUGGUUCGCCGGCAGAGGGCGUUCGCCGCGUAUUGUACUGUGUAGUUAAUUUAAAUUAUAAUUUUUAAAAAUUUCGCUUACUAAGUAAGUCAAGUUCUGUCGGCCGGCUUGAGGACGCACGAGGAAUGUUUUGAGCUAUAGUUAAUAACUUUAUGUAUUAUAAUACAUGAUGCUUUUGAAACUGAAUUGAAUUCUUAUUGUUAAGUAUAUAAAUAAAUAUUCAUUAUCAUAGAAAACAGUUCUCAGUGUUUAAUUUUUUUUCUGUAACAUGUAAAUUUGCAUACGCAAUUUGACUUAUAUUCAGUUAAGGUCACAACCUGUUUUCAAAAAUACGAAAAUAUUUGUUAACUCAUAAUUAAAUAAAGCUUAU